AUCAAUCGAAUGGAUAAAAUCUUUCAAAGUUUUCAACAAGGAUUAUUGCCAGAAGAAAGCAUAAGCGAGCAAACUGAAGAAGAAAAGCAAGUUACUAGUAUUCCAGAUACCAAAGAUCAGAACUUAAGCCCAAGGAUUUCAGAAAACAACAUUCGAGUGUUUUUAAAUCUCAAGCGCAAUGUGGAAAAACCAGAGAGGACUAAAGAUAAAAUAAUUACAAAAUAAGUUAGCCAACAGUUCAGUUUUAAAUGGAGCAACUAUUGAAGAGGAAAAUAUCAAGAAUGUUACAAAAAUUCCCUAUUUUCAAAUGAAACUAGGUAUUUUAGAAUCACAUGCAAACAGUACCUUUAUAUAGCUGGAGUUCUAAAUUCUGGAACAGUGAAUGAAUACUCUUCAGGAGCAAGAAAUUCAAGAAUCAAUAAAAAGCCAUUAUCAAAGAACAGAAACUCCAAACUUUUGCAAGCAAAAAUGUUUUUUCCAAAUAAAUGCCCUAUUAUUAAAACUUCUAAGCGAAGUGGAAUGAAAGUAAUGUCUGGUUUAUAUCAAUAAAUUACAAUUCCACUUUAAUUUAAGGCAUAAAGAUGGGAUAAAUUCUUCUUCAAUUAUGGGCCAAGUGUAGAACUUACAAAUGCAAAUCAUCCAAGUUAAUUAUGUAAAGAGCUUUAUUAACUCCCUUG